AUGGUUUUUUUCUGCUAUGAGGACUGGAAAAUCAAACUUGAAGACGAAUGUCGUGUCAACACUGAAAUGGAAUCGUUUCUCAGAUCAUGCAUACGAAAAUGCGAAGAUUUACUGAAAAGCUGGAAAGAAAAGUACGGAAAUGAUUUGGCUAAAAAAACAUUAAAGUUAAAUGAAUUGAAAACUCUUAGAAAAGACGACAUGGUCAAGUUUAACAAUUUGAGACAUACGUAUUGGGAAUAUGAAAAAGUUGUGGCUGAAGAUAAACACAAGAAAGAAAUGGCAAAACUCGAAAAAGAGCGAGAAAAUGAAAAGCUGGAAGCUGUUUUAAAAACAGGCAUGAUAUCCUUCUCUCUAGUGACAAUAGUAAUCUUACUCUUCUUCUUGCUCUUGACUUUUCUUCAGCUUUUGAUACUGUUGACCAUACUAUUCUCUUGA